AUGGGUGGUGAAGAAGAGGAGCCAAGAAAGAGCAACAGAGAUGCUUUUCUUAAGCUCACGCUGAACUUCCUGAGGAACAUGAAGCAGGAGCAGCUGGCCGACUCUCUGCAGAACAAAACCUGUGCUGUGAUUUGCCAACGUAAACUAAAGUCUAAACUGAAGAAAAAGUUUCAGUGUUUGUUUGAAGGGAUUGCCAAAGAAGGAAACCCAACACUUCUCAAUCAGAUCUUCACAGAACUUCACAUCACAGAGGGAGGGAGUGGAGAGGUCAAUGUUCAGCAUGAGGUCAGACAGAUUGAAGCAGCAUCCCGACAACGAGCAAGUUCAGAAACAACAAUCAGAUGUGAGGAUAUCUUCAAACCUUUACCCGGGAGAGAUGAACCAGUGAGAACUCUAGUGACAAAGGGAGUGGCCGGCAUUGGGAAAACAGUCUUAACGCAGAAGUUCAUCCUGGACUGGGCUGAAGACAAAGCCAACCACAAUAUACAGUUUAUCUUCCCAAUCACUUUCAGAGAGCUCAAUUUGCUGGAAGUAAAGAACUACAGCUUGGUGGAACUUCUUCAUCACCUCUUUGCUGAAACCAAAGAAGCAGGAAUCUGCAGGUUUGAAAAGUUCCAGGUGGUGUUCAUCUUUGACGGUCUGGAUGAGAGUCGACUUCAUCUGGACUUCCAAAACAACAACAUCUUGACUGAUGUCACAGAGUCAACGUCAAUCGAAGUAUUGCUGACAAACCUCAUCAGAGGUACACUGCUUCCCUUUGCACGCCUCUGGAUCACCACACAACCUGCAGCAGCCAAUCAGAUCCCUCCUGAAUGUGUCGACAUGGUGACAGAGGUCAGAGGGUUCACUGACCCCCAGAAGGAGGAGUACUUCAGGAAGAGAUUCAGAGACGAGGAGCAGGCCGGAAGAAUCCUCUCACACAUUGAGGCAUCACGAAGCCUCCACAUCAUGUGCCACAUCCCGGUCUUCUGCUGGAUCUCCGCUACAGUUCUGGACCAUGUGUUGAUCAGAGAGAGAGCACAGCUGCCCAAGACCUUGACUGAGAUGUACAUCCACUUCCUGGUGGUGCAGACCAAACAGGGGAACGUAAAGUAUCACAGCAAUAACGCGACAGAUCCAGUCUGGAACGAAGACACCAAGAAGAUCAUUCUCUCUCUGGGAAAACUGGCUUUUGAGCAGCUUGAGAAAGGAAAUCUGAUCUUCUAUGAAUCAGACCUGGUAGAGUGUGGCAUUGACAUAAAUGCUGCCUCCAUCUACUCAGGAGUAUUCACAGAGGUCUUCAAAGAUGAGCGUCUGAACCAGGAGAAGGUGUUCUGCUUCGUCCAUCUGAGCGUUCAGGAGUUUCUGGCUGCGCUCUAUGUCUUCCUGGUGUUCAUCGACACCGGCAUUGAUCUGCUGAAAAGACGACGGAGGCUCAACUCAGUCAAGCCGACACCAUUACAACGUGAAUUACACCUAAAAAACCUCCACCAGAGUGCAAUUGACAAGGCUUUAGAGAGUCCAAAUGGACAUCUGGACUUGUUUGUCCGCUUCCUCCUGGGCCUUUCACUGGAGACCAAUCAGACUCUCCUACGGGGCCUCCUGAAAACGACAGGAAGUAAACAAGACGUCAAAGAGGUUUUGGUGCAGUACAUCAAGAAGAAGAUCAGGGCCAACCCCUCUCCAGAGAGAAGCAUCAAUCUGUUCCACUGUCUGAACGAGCUGAAUGACCAUUCUCUAUUUGAGGAGAUCCAACAGUACCUGAGAUCAGGAAGCGUCUCUGGAAACAAACUCUCUCCCUCUCAGUGGUCAGCACUCAUCUUCAUCUUACUGUCAUCACAAAAGGAUCUAGAUGUGCUUGACCUGAGGAAAUUCUCAGGUUCAGAGGAGGGGCUCCUGAAGCUGCUGCCAGUGGUCAAAGCAUCCAAAAAGGCCCAGUUGAGUGGCUGUAACCUCUCGUCAAGAAGCUGUGAAGCUCUGGCCUCAGUCUUCAGCUCCAAGAAGUCCAGUCUGACAGAGCUGGACCUGAGUCACAAUGACCUGCAGGAUACAGGAGUAAUGCUGCUCUCAGUUGGAUUGAAGAGUCCCCACUGUAGACUGGAGGCUUUGUGUGUUUACAGGCUGUCAGGCUGUCGGGUCACUGAGAAAGGCUGUACUCUGCUGGCUUUAGCUCUCAGCUCCAACCCUUCCCAUCUGAGAGAGCUGGACCUGAGCUUCAACCAUCCAGGAGACUCAGGAGUGCAGCAGUUGUCUGCUGGACUGCAGGACCCACGCUGGAAACUGCAAACUCUCAAGGUUGAUCACUGUGGGAAGUUUAGACUGAACCCAUCACCUCUUAGAUACUUCAGGGAUCUUUCACUGGACCCAAACACGGCAGACAGAAACCUCUUGCUGUCUGACGACAACAGACGAGUGAUGGUGGUGAAAAAGAAGCAGCCGUAUCCUGAUCAUCCAGAGAGAUUUGACGGCUGGAAGCAGCUGCUGUGUCGCGGUGGUCUGACUGGGCGCUCUUACUGGGAGGUUGAGUGGAAAGGGAGAGUUCACGUUGGAGUGACGUACAGAGGAAUCAACCGGACGGGAGACAGUGACGACUGCUGCAUCGGAUGGAACGAUCAGUCCUGGAGUCUGUUCUGCUCUGCUCAGAGCUUCACCGCCUGGCACAAUAACACACCGACAGACAUCGACACUCUGCCACCCUCCGACUCCAACAGAGUGGCGGUGCACGUGGACUGGUCUGCUGGUACUGUGUCCUUCUACUGUCUCCCAUCCAUCGUCUCUUCGGUCAAACGGAUCCACCUCCACACCUUCCACUGCACAUUCACUGAACCCCUGUACCCUGUGUUUGGCUUUGGACGAAUGCGUGAGUUAGGGACCGACUCAAGAUUUUUACCAUCCUCAGUUUGUCUGUCACAGAUUGAAGAAUAGAUGUGGCUCCCAAACUGGGGGCCUUAAGGCCUUUACACACCGGGGACGUUGUUUUUUGUGCAAUAAGUUUGCAUGUUAAUAUAUUUGAUCAAACAGCUGUUUUCAUCAUGAGUACUUUCACACAGAAUGUGAAUAUUACUUGUCAGCUGUGAGCGCUGUCAUUUUUUUUUUUGGCACCAUUUUUUAAAACUUUCACAUCAUGAAUAAAGGCAACAAGAAAUCACGUUGUGUUGUUUACUUAUGAGGAUUAACAACAAAGGGGCUCCUUAGUCUGAAUUUAGACAGAAAACUUCUGGUCCUUUCAACCAAAGAUGAAAUAUAUCAGAUCCACUCCUUCUGUUCCUACCUCCACAAUAAAAAUCCUUGACAUACACACUGCAUGCAUAUUUAAGAAAUUCAAAUUUGAUUUGAAAAUUUGCAUUGCUGCCUGUAUGAAAGGUUUUAAUGCAAAAUAUUUGCUGGCAAGUAUUCAACAUUUUUGCAUUGUUUAUUGGUGUGUAAAGGCCUUGCAGAAGUAGAAAAAGUGACUGUAAGAGCUAGUGAUGGAUAGAAAGUCUUCAAAGAAAUACUAAUUCAUAUCAGCCCCCCAAAUACAGACUGAGAACAAUAUAUCUGAAAUCAGACUGUACAGGGAAACCUUGACAUACGAAGAAGUUUUGGUGAUUAGGGAACACUUUCUGUUCCACGUCUGUAAAUGAAAACUAAAUUUAUAGUUAGUGAGAUAUUUCUUUAUAGUUAACUUAUUCUUGAAUAUUUUUAAAAUAGUUUUAUCCUGACUCAUUCUUAUUUCUUUUCUACUUUUUUGUACUUUUUUAGUGUCUAAAUGGUGUGUUCAUGUGCUUUGUGUUUUUGUCUUUUGUUUCUUAACUAAUCGCCCUUUGUGGACAAAUAAAGUGAUUCAUUAAUUAGAUGACUGAUUAGAGUUAAGAACCUUGUUUAGAGUUGAAAUUUGCAGAACAAGAAAACAUACGAGGAUACCUAAAAACACAAUAAUAACAGAAGCUUUAAGUGUUUAAAUAUAAUCAAUGUUUUCACACUUACGAUGUAUCAAAUUAUUACAUGCUUGCUGCUCUAAAGUUCGAUUUGCUAGAUAUAAACAUUAACGAUUAUUUAAUAAUGACAUUAAUAAGGUUGUGAUGACACCUGUAAUAAAUUACAUGUACUGUUGUGUUCUCUGUGAUUCAUGAUUUACUUAAAUUUGACAUAACAUAAACUUGUAUUCAAUAUUG